GAACGCACGCAAUCUCGCAGCAAACCGCCGGGCCCCUCGCGCGCACACACCUCAGCUCCCUCGUACCGGGGCUCCAUGGGCAACUUCGCAUCGUGCACGCUGGCGAGGACGGCCGGGGCCGGGAGGGCCAGCGGCUCGACCGUCGUGCUCCCGGACGGGCGGGUGCGGCAGGUGGCCCUCCCGGCCACGGCGGCCGAGCUGAUGCUCGACGCGCCGGGCCAUUUCCUGGCGGACGCGCGGGCGCUGCGGCCCGGGCGGCGGAUCGAGGCGCUCGCGGCGGACGAGGGCCUCGUGCGCGGGGCGCUGUACGCCGUGCUCCCCAUGAAGCGCCUGGGCGCCCCCGUGGCGCCCGCCGACGUGGCGCGCCUGGCGGCCGCGGUGGUGGCCAGCGGGGAGAAGGCGCGGGCCACGAGGGGGAGGACGCGGCCGGUGUCGUCCCCCGCCGCCACGGCCAAGGUCGCCGCCGUCUUCGUCGCGCCGCCCGAGACGCUCGAGGCCGCGGCCCUUGAGCUCCAGGAGACGGACGCGUCCAAGCCGAGGGCCCCGAGGCUGGAGGAGAUGGCCGUCGACGACGCAGCGGCCGCGGCCGAGAUCGAGGAGCUCAAGCAACGCCUCAGCGGCGGCGGGCGGCGGUCCAGGCGGCCCACGCUGGAGACCAUUCAGGAGGAGAGCUACGUGCCAGCGAGAUGCUGACGAUGCCAGUCAAUAAUGGCCAAAGCCAACCAAACAGAGAGAUGGCAAAGGCUGUUUCUCUGAUAGCCUCAUUUUAGUUGCGUACCGUAGGUGUGUUCGCCCCCUUCUCUAUUCGUACUCACCUUGUGUAAAUAGCACUACUUCCUUUUUUUUCCCCU